GAAGAACAAGAAAGUAAACAACAUUUUCAGGAACCAGUUACAGAGUUAAACUUAGAGGAAUCAACAAUUCAGACAGACUCAAACGAAACACUGGGAUUUCAGGAAUGGUCUGAUGGCUCAAGCUACAGAGGAAAUGUCUCUAUGAAUUUGAAGCUCGGCUCUGGACAGUUCAAAUGGGUGAAUGGAGAGAGCUAUAGUGGAGAAUUUUAUAAUGAUCACCACCAUGGCAAAGGAAUUUACACGUGGCCAGAUGGAUCCAAGUUUCUUGGCUCUUUUUAUCUCAGCAGAAGAGAAGGCUUUGGGACCAUGAUGUUUAAUGAUAACAGAACAUUUCAGGGCCUAUACAAGUCAGAUGUUCGCUAUGGGCCUGGCAUUGAGACAAAUAACGAUGGCUCUCAGGAUGUUGGGAUUUGGCUAAGGAAUCACCUCAUUAAAUUAUGUACUUCUGUUCGUUGCUCGUUCUCUAUUUCUAGCUACCCAGAGUUUUAUCAGCAAUCAAAUGAGACGUUAUGUAAAAAUAAAGGUUUACAUGGGCAAGCUUCAGAGAAGGGACAAAGGGAAGACCCUUUUUUAUAUAGUUACAAAAUUCUGCUCCAAGAGGACAGCUACACUCUGCCUGAAAAGAUCUACUUCUACUCAUCAGACAUAGACCAUUUACCUAUUACUCCAUCUGCACGUACAGAAAUUGAUACACAUUUCUAUAAAGAUAUUGACCAGCCAGGGCACCUAGGGGACCUUGUUUCUUGUGAGAUGCAGGACACUGAUGAGAUGAAGGGAAUUCAUCUUCAUGUUUACAAGCAUAGGAACAGUCAGGAGUAUUUGGAGUGGAGUAUCGGUUCCAUAAUGAGUGCUGUUCGACAGAAGUUCGGUCCACGAGGCUCCCGUGAGCAAUUUGCUGAAAAGUUUAUUGAAAUGGCUGGACUGGGGGAUUAUGAAACAGUUUUCAUGAUUCUGAGGCAUGAUCUGGCACACGUAGAUGUGUCUGAUAGUUGUGGACAUACUGCCCUACAUAGUGCAACUGUUAACAGUCAUGACAAUAUCAUUAACCUUCUUCUGGACAAUGGAGCAGACAUUAAUAAGAGAAAUGAUGAGGGGAUUUCAGCUUUAUCCAUGUGUUUCAUUCUUUUGUACGGCACACAGUCAUUCAGGCCAAAUGUUGCAGAGAGAAACUUAAAUCUUUGUAAGGGGGGGAGUGGAGAUGUUGCACUCCACAGUAAAGAGUAUCUGAAUGAUGCUUUUGCAAAAGACGAUGGUCCUUUCAAUGGCUUGGGUGAGGACAUGAACAGGAGUAUUACCCUAUCUGAUCAUUGUCAUUCAGACCAUCGACCUAAUACCAAAGUACCAGAAAACGUAUUAUGUCAGACAUCAACAAUAUACAACAGUCAAGAAAAGCUAGGAACUGGAUCCGACAGAACCCCUCCUGUAUCUGAACCAAAGGACACAGAAAGAAGAGCCACCUUGAACUUGCUUCUCUACCGAGGCGCUGACCCCAAUAUGUGCAGCAUACCGAUGUAUGCCUUGUUCUUUGCAGUAAAAGCUGCUGACAUUACCACUGUACGGUUACUGCUGGAGAGAGGGGCCCACACUGAUGUCCGACUUGCCACAGAGCAUGGUGCACUGACGCCUCUUCAUAUUGCUGCUGCAAUUCCAGGAAUUGAGGGGGUCAAAAUAACAGAACUUCUGCUACAUGCAGCGGCAGAUCCUAACAUCAGAGUGGAAAAUGAUGAUUACAUAUUUGAACAUGACAAGGUUGAAAGUUCAGGUUCUCUCCUUGGAUUCCCCAUGAAGGGCUUUCAGGAUUCCGGCCUGCCUCUGUAUCAGUAUUAUAGCAAAACUACUGUUGUGCCAGAAGAUCUAGGUCGCACACCUCUGCAUGUGGCAUGUGAGAGGGAGGAUAACUACAAGUAUGCCAGAGAUAUUGUUAGCUUGCUUGUGAGCCACAACGCUAAUCUCAAUGUCCUUUGGAGUGGUCAUUCGCCUCUGUCUUUGGCCGUGGCCAGUGGAAAUGAUCUGGCUGUGAAAGAGCUUCUAGCAAAGGGAGCCGAACCAAAUUUGCCCCUUACCAGAGGAGUUGGCAGUGCAUUGUGUGCGGCUGUUGAUGUCACACAUGAAAACAAGAGAACAUUACCAGCAAGACUCGCUCUGAUAGACAGGCUGAUUAGGGCUGGGGCAGACAUACUGAUGCCUAUUACUAUUGGAGAAGGAAAGAAGAAAGCUCUGGGAACAGCCACAGACUAUGCUUAUUAUAAAUACUUCCAGGAUAAAAGAAUAGCACAGACACCUUACCAUGCUCUGUCAGCAGAAGAGCGGGAGACUUUCAAUGCCCGGAAAAAGCUGUUGGAGCACUUGGGAAACCUCACCAGGGAAGCAUUGGUACAGAAAGAGAAGGAAUGGACGACUGAAGGCAUCGUCCGGCUUCCUGCUUUACGCAAAACACCACAGUGUUCCCAGGGGAGCAGCAAAAAGGCACUUGUUGAACCGGACGCCUCAUCACCUCAACAAACCUUCUUCAAGUACUGCUAUGCAUGCGGCCGCUCUGUGGGUGUAAAGCUGACCCCUUGUUCUCGCUGCUAUUGUGUAUUCACUUGUAGCAAACUAUGCAAGAAAAGGGUAUGGAAUACGCUUCACAAGGAAGAAUGUCAUCAGCUUGCAGGGAAUCUCAGCAGGAAUGUAUCACUAAAUAAAGAAGAAAAGAUGAAGAAGAAUACUGCUGACAGGCUAAACAGAUCAAAGAAUCUGCUUGCUGAAAAUGAACAAUUAGCAGGACUUCCCAAAAGUCACGCAAGCAGGAACACGCUUUCCAUCACAGAGAACUACAGCUUUAACUAACAGAGUGGGUUGGUUAUUUAACAGAUUUUAUUCUCAUACACCCAUAAGACUAAUAAGCAGAGGCAGAACCACAGUUAUACCUUCUGACACAGGGCAAUACGGGGUGUUUCUGUUUGUCAAAGCAUAUAAUAAAUAAAUAUUUUACAAUCUUUCAA